AUGAGGUUCGUCAACACCAACAUCAACACCAACACAGAAGGGACACAGACACUGUAUCCUUUGGAGAAAGGCUUUAGCAAGACAGACCAGUGUUCCCUUGGUGAUGAUUUAGCGGCCAAACUGUCGGAUACCUUAGUGGGAGGAAACACCGAGAAUGACUGUGUUAUUACUGGAUACUACCCGGCUUGGAGCGACACGCCAUCUGAUCUACAGGACAAAGAUAUCGGGAAUAGCCAACAUAAGGACAAAGGUGUGGACCCUAAGCUCUUAUUGGGAUCUGAAAAGAAGUCCACAUCGGUCAGUGAUGGCGAAGCAACAUCUGGUAACGCGGGCAAGGAGAGACCGUCACGGGGGCCACGGUGUGAUACUUUGGACUUCUUGUUCACACAUUCAGAAGUUGACGAGUCCAGCAAGAAAUACCGGACAUGGUCUGAGCUGGAGACCUCAGAGGGCAAAAAUUCACCUCCUCCAAGAGAAACCUAUAUACCCACUGAACAGGCGUGGUGGUAUGCACAGAAUGUCAUCGCCACAGGCCGAGACAUAAUUUACAGACCCCUGGUCGAUGAAUGGAAAGAACGGAUGGAUGAAUGGUCCCAGUUGACACGGUUAGUCAAUGAAUCAGAAACACGGAGACUGGUCCCUACAGAGGAGUACCCCACUCAUGUGUGUGAAUGUUUGGACCGGGUUGACAUCAGACACGAUUGUGUGAGACAAAAGAUAGACUACACACGACCCCGACCCAAAAGUCCGCGAGAAAAAACAGGCUUCUGUGCCAGACACCGGCCUUUUGUUAGAAAAACUCAUAAUCACAGAGAAGCUUUAGCUAAUGUAGGUCGCGUGGACCUCAACAGAGUGCAGUUCAUUCACAAUUUCUAA